ACACCCCACAACAACAAAGCCGACCUCCAUACACCCAUCCAAGUCAAAUAAUUUACCAGUUUUCCCUAAAGAAAGACCAGGCAACGAUAGCCUAAUAGACCAUGGAAAUAGCAUACGAUCAUAUUCAAGAGGAAAUCCUCGCACCGGAGGAGCAUGGCAAGGGCAAGGAUGCAGAGAAACCGAGUGAGACGCUCAACGACGAAUUCCGGGAGGCAUAUAAAGCUGUUUCUAUAUCUCCUUGGGGGUGGAGGUUGGGUUCUUUCUUGGGUACUGUGAAGAAGCAGGGUGAAUCAUACUACGAAUCUUCAAAGAAGGAAUAUGCUACGGUUUCGGAGCAGGCUACUAAAGGAUUCAGCGAUUUACGGACUAAUAUCGCGAGCCGGACUCGUUCACUCUCGAUCACCCAGGCGCUCCCUCAAUUCACGCUUGAUCCGCUACCCGGGGGCGAGCAAAAGCAGGAAGGGGAGACUUCCAAGGCAGGAGCUGAGGCUGCUGAGGGGGAUAAAGAAAAGGAGAAGGAUAAACCGCAAGGAGAAGGAUUACUCUCUAAAUUGAAGAAGGGCGCUGCUCAAAGAAUCUCAGAACUCGAAGCUGCGGAGGCGAGGGCUGACGAGUAUCUUCUCAAGUUUGGGUCAAAUAUUGGUAGCUUUUUAAGUGAUGCAGUUACGAUCGCUCCUCCUGAGGAUAAGGUUAGAGCGGAUGGAUCUCGUGAGGUUGUAUUUGAAGCAAAAGGCAUGGAUGAAGGGAAGAGACAAAUUUACACCACGAGACUUGACGCUCAACUUCAUCUGCUUCACAGCAAUCACGGGCUUUUUAGGACAGGGUCCGACACUGACAGUUUUAUAGUUUGGGUUAAAGAUUUCAAUGCGGAGGAACAUACCAACCAGAUUGUGGUGGAUUUGGAAAGAUACCCGGAGCUUCGAAAUACUAUGGACGUGCUCGUCCCCGAUACAGUCCAGUAUUCGGAUUUUUGGGCAAGGUACUACUUUUUAAGAAAUGAACUAGACAUGGAGGAACAGAAGCGAAAGGAGCUCUUGAAAGGAGCCACACUCGACGAAGAGGAAGUCGGAUGGGACGAGGAUGACGACUCUGAUGUGGAGAAACCCUCCGCGGGUAAUUCCAAGUCAGCUGCCGCAGUGGCUGCAACUGCGGCGUCGACAGAAACCCUAAUUCCCAAGCAGGAGCAUCUCAAGCCCAAGAGUUCAAUCGACCGUACCUCUCAACCCGAUAGUGAAUCAAGUUAUGAUGUCGUCUCCGGAGCUGUUUCUAAGGCCCCAAGUCAAGCUGCCGGCAGUCCUCCAGCAGCAAAGGCUAUAAAGGCUAGCGGAGCUACUAAGGCUAGCGAGGACGAGGAUAGUGAGGAAGAUGAUGACGAAGAGGAGGGUGACGACGAGGAGGAAGACAGUGAGGAUGGGGAGGGAGACGACGGAAGCAGUGAGGAGGAGGACUGGGAGUGAAUUUUAUAAUAAUUGCUGGAACUGAGUCUCGCCAGGAGUCGGAAUGGAAGGGAACAGUAACGGCGAGUUUCUCUUUGCCUCGUUCUUCUUUCACCCUCUUUCAAGGCCUCUGGAAUCUAUUUUUUGAUGUGGAGAUGACAACCCAUAGGUUACUCACUUAGCUUUUGGGUGGAGUGAGGAAGGCGUUCUGAUUUUUUUGAUUUUCUUCCCUACUGCUUAUUUAAUCGCUUUGUUGGUUUAUGUCUCACUGCCCAACUCAUACAAAUUCCGAACUGUUAUCAUAGCGGUACCAGGUACAAAAAUGACAAGCCUUUAAAACAA